UGGAUGAGACAAUUCGCUUUGCGCGCGUGAAAGGAGUGAGACGAAAAAUGGACCAUUCGUUCAAGGAAGUGGGGAUCUGGAUUAAAAGCAAACGAGGACAUAGACCGAGACCCACAGCCAUCUCGGACCUUGAACAGUCGAGAUGGAGUUGAUCAGACUUCCGUUAAUUGUGCUGGUGGUCCUGGCAGUGGAUAAAACCAUCGGCGACACUCGCUACUACGUUAAACUGCACUCUGAUGACCUGAAAAUAGCUCAGCCACAGGUGGAGAGUGGCGAGAAGGAUAAGUCGAGGGCGAUUUAUCGUCUCGAGGAUGACGACUCUCUCAGCAGAGAUGGCUUGAAAGUUAAUCAUGACCAGCGCAACUCGUUCGUGGAGAGCUCCACGUUCGAUCCUGAUGUGCUCAACAAGUUUCUAGAUGAGUAUGCCAAUAAGAUCAGGAGCACAACGGAGAAAUCGUACUACCAAUCCAAGACGACGAGGGUUCCUGCGGUGACUCUUCUGGAGAUUGAUACGGGAAAGAGCACUGAGGCACCUGCGUCCACGGAGGAAGCUGUCACCGGACAUGUGCCUUCUUUGGAUAAUCUAGAGAGCCUCAACGACACUGCGAAACGGAAUAAAUUCUACAGCAAUGGCAAUGAUAAUAGAGACGGCUGGGUUACCCUCGAAGCUGUCCCCUGGUCGAAGAGUAAAAUUUCAAAGUGGCAGGCCAACGCAAAUGCCCAACGGCCCUGGCCGGAAGCCAAUAAGUGGGAUAAACCGAGUGGUGGAAAACCCUGGGCCAAUGAUUAUUCAACUCGACCGCAUUAUGAGAAUAACAAGCCAUGGUAUGAGAAGCCAAAGCCCCAGUGGCCGGACUACGAUCAGCCCCAGAAUCGUCCGAAGCCCGUGCCUCCGCCGUCUCGUCCCCCCUACCCCCACGACCAGUACGAGAUAAUCCCGAGUCAGGCCCAGAAGUGGCCCCCAGAGCGUCCCAACUCCGCCUGGGAGGACUUCCCCGCCCACCACCGGCCCCAGAGUGACAUAAUAACCGACAACAGGCCGGCCAACUUUCCGGUCAGCAACUGGGAAAAAUACGACAAGCUGGUGAAGCCCAGCUACUCAUUUCACGACAGAUUUCCCACGGACCCCGAAGAGUCCGGCAACGACUGGCCCAAUUAUCCCAACAAAUUCGAUCACAUUAACGACAAGCCCAGCUAUAUGAAACCCACAAGACCAUUUUACUCUCAAUACGACUACGACAACAGACAUCCACCGUCACAUCCCUCCACUGGGGAUGGACAGUGGAUACUCCUGUCGACAAAUCGUGGCUAUCAGAAGUCACGUCAACGAUCUCUCAAGUUGGAGACUAUUGAUGAUAUCAGUCUCAAGCCUAAUGGCACAAAAAAAAGUGAUGAGAGCGAUCCUGCUAUACCUGUGAUGACAUCCAAACGACAGGUACGUCUGACCGUUUUACCAUCGUUGAAUGGCACUAAUACGACUACAUCACACGGUGGACUUCUCGAGGUCGAGAAGACCUUUAAGACAGUGGAUCAGAGCCAGAGAGAGUAUGAGGCGGACAAAGUGUCCCAGAAAAUAGUUAAGAAGAGGCCUCUGAGGACCUCGGUCGUGGGGAGGCCGACGAAUUCAGCGGUUAUUGCUGCUGUCGGCGCUGGGAUGCUUCCUGCCACCAUGGCCAUGAUGAUUCCCAUGAUACUGGGGAGGAAGAGACGAUCAAUGGACUUCAGAGCCCUCGAAAAUCACCGCCAGAUCACCCAGUGGAAACACAACUUCUCUAUAAGCCAGUAGCUAAUUUAUUCGCGUAGUUGAUUCAGAUAAUUAUUUAUAGUAGAUCAUCUAGACCGAACAAUUCAUCUGAAGAUCAGGUGAUGCGAGACCAGAACUCAUGGGUUUCACAUUUAUUUUUGCCAUAGUUUUUUUUUCAACUGGCGAUUGAUGAGAAUUGUUUCAUGUAGAAAUAUUUAUUCUGAAUGUUCAAUAUUUAUUUACAAGUAAUAAAGUGUUUACAUUAUAACGUUAA